CUUUCAGUCUAUCUGACCUUCAUCGGAGUAUAUGAAGGUCAAUGUAGUUUUAAGAAAAUUGCAGAAUAUGAUAUAUUAUUAUUAUAUUAUAUCUAAUGGUGAACUAGUGAACACUGUCCCAAGUCAUUGUUAAGUUAUGGAUGCUUUCAGGUUUACUGUAUGUGAAUUUAUGUGCUCUUUGUCUUCAUGUUCGUAUCAGAAUAUUGUCGCAGUGGGGGCAGGCUUCUGUGAUGGGAUGCGGUGUGGUGACAACACCAAGGCGGCUGUGAUCCGUCUGGGGCUGAUGGAGAUGAUAGCCUUCGCUAAACUCUUCUCUAAGAACGGCUCUAUCUCCACAGCAACCUUUCUAGAGAGCUGCGGUGUGGCUGACCUCAUCACUACAUGCUAUGGUGGCCGAAACCGACGAGUGGCAGAGGCCUUCUCUAAAACGGGGAAGAGCAUUGAACAGCUGGAGAAAGAGAUGUUGAAUGGUCAGAAGCUCCAGGGUCCUGCCACUGCAGCUGAGGUUUACCACAUCCUCAAACAGAAGGGCCUUCUGGAAAAGUUCCCUCUGUUCACAGCAGUCUAUCAGAUUUGUUUUGAGGGGAAGCCGGUUCAAGAGAUGAUCUCCUGCCUGCAGAGCCACCCAGAGCACAUGUGAUCACCCGGUGGGUCUCAAAGGGGGAUGGGAUUCACAUAAAUGAUUCUGAAAUUCUGCAGUAGGUUCUGUACAGAUAUUGUGGGCUUUGGAAUAUCAGCCUUACCCAAAAGAAUUUUAGCUAUUUGUCAGUAUUAAGCAAUUAAGUGAACAAUGGAACUUUUUGCAGUAUCAAUAGACUGCAGUGUUAUAUCCCCAUGCAGAAGAAAGUAUGCAGUUGUCAUGGUGUUUCUAUAGCCGGUAUAAUGACAGAGCUGCCAGAGUGCUAGCAUGGUGCUAGCAACUGCUAGAACCUGCACUCACACCACAUGUUCACUGAUGAUGUUUUAGCAGUGCUACUCCUUUCUACUUAAACCAGCUCCAUACUGUGGUAAAAAAGCACAAAUUAUUAAGCCAUUAUCUUAUUUUUUAUACUUUUGAUAUUAAUAAUAUUAAUAUGAUGGUACUCAAAAUGCUCACAUUCUGUUGUUUUCAACCUGGACUAAUUCUUAUGAUGUGUGAGUUGUGGGCAAAGCAACAUAACCUUUUCCAAAAAAAAAACCUCUCAUUUACUACUGUCAGGAUAUAGUUUAAGUUUCAGCAAAUAUGACAAAAAGUAAUUUUUAUAAAAGUUACCUAGGCAGUUUUUCCUUGCCGCUGUCGCCAAGUGCUUGCUCAUGGUGGGAAUUGUUUGGUCUCCCUUAAUCACUUGGUCCCUCAAUCUAUGUCAUUUUAUUCAAAAACACUAUUAACACAGAUUGUGAUACAUAUCUUACUCUACUGUAGUGCAUUCUAGGUGUUUCAUUUGUGUUUGCUUGUUUUUUUUAAAAAAGGCAACUUUUGCAAAUACUGUAUAUUUCCAGGUUUGUGACCAAAUGUUUGAACCUGUAUUUUCUUGUUGUGACAGUAGAGUGGUUCAUCAGUUUCUUACUUAUUAACAGGCAGGUACUGUCAACCAUUACAAGCCUGUCUGGCAUGAUACUGUGUCUGUGUCACUCUGAUGCACUUUAGUGAUGUCCUGCACAAGCAGACAAAGCAUUGUGACUUGGGAGAAGAUAAGGAUAUUUACUAUGUGUUUCAGUAUUUUACGGUAUUGCUGCCACGCCAGAAAAAGAGAAACAGAUCAGUAUUGCGUCAUAACAUUUUAUGUUAUUACAACAUACAAUCUCUUGUUUAUUUUGUUAUAACGUAAUAACCUAUAUUUUUAGAUUAUAAUGUGAAAUGUUUCACAAUUUAACAAGAUAGUGUAAAAAGGAGUGGUGGGCAACGAUUAAAAUCUUUUUCCAUAUUGAAUUCAAAAGUAGUGUAUUGCGCACUUUAAACAAAAAGUACUGCUAUAUGAUCAAAAGUGCAAUAACAUUUGGUUUGCAUUUAUACACAACUUUACACUUUAAACAAAUAAGUUGCUUUUCAUCAGCAGUAUUCCCUUUACAGGAUAGCAGUUAAAAUAAUUAUUCUCUAAGUGUGCUGACUUUAUUUGAACUGUUCUACUGCUGUUCAACAUGAAUAAAAUAUGCCGCGCACAUUUCAGCAAAAUGUUUCUCUUCUGUUUUCAUUACAGU